AUGGCAGAAUUCGAAAACGAAGGUUACGCUCGAUUAUUUCAUAAUUUUGAAAAUGUAAUUGAACCCAAGGAAUGCGCCAAAAUAGGAAAUGUUCCCGAUUGGCUAAAGGGCUCGAUGAUCCGAAAUGGUCCUGGAAUGUUCGAAAUUGGAGACACCAAAUACAAUCAUUGGUUCGAUGGACUCGCUUACAUGCAAAGAUAUUAUUUUGAAAAUGGAAAAAUGUUCUACUCUGCCAGAUUUUUGGAAUCUGAAGCGUAUCGUGAGAAUAUGUCGAAGAAUCGAAUUGUUCGCUCAAGUUUCGGAACCGCCGCAUUUGCCGAUCCGUGCAAGACCAUUUUUGCCAGAUUUUUCUCAUAUUUCUUCGAAAAUGAGCCGAAACACGAUAAUGCGAACGUCUAUUUCGCGCCACUUGGAGAUCGUCUGUUUGCCUGCACCGAGACACCGCAAAUGAUUCAGGUUGAUGAGACGACGCUGGAAUCAAAAGAAGAGGUUGAUGUCGGAAAAUAUGUUUCUCUUCAUAAUUGCACAGCACAUCAUGGAAUCGAUGACGAUGGAAAUAUCUUCAACAUUGGAAGCAAAUUUGGAGAAGGUUAUGUACUGACUUUCACCGAAAACUCGAAACAAGGAGAAGCUUGGGAAAAAACACGACUUAUUGGGCUGGUACCAUCUACGGAUAGAUUCAAUCCAACUUAUAUUCACUCUUUCGGAAUGUCGCAAAACUAUUUUGUUUUAUUCGAAUCACCUGUUCGAAUCAAUGUGAAAAGAUUGAUGCUCAGAAAUAUUUUCCCAAUUUCUUAUCGAGAAACACUUUAUUGGGAUGACUCGAAAGAUGUCAAAGUGUUUGUGAUGAACAAGAAAUCUGGAAAUUUGCUCCCAUUUAAGAUUACAAUGGAGAAAUUCUUUACAUUCCAUCAUGCAAAUACGUAUGAAAAAGAUGGGUGCAUUGUGGUGGAUUACUGUCGAAUGAAUCGAUCUGGAAACUUUGACGCUCUUCUUAUUGAAAAUAUGAAGACGGGAACCUUCAAAAAUGACCCUCAAUUUCUUCCAUAUUUCUCGAGAUGUGUCAUUCCGUUGGAAAUUCCGAAAGACGCCAAAGUUGGUCAAAAUCUACUAGAGCAUUUGGAAUGGGCGAAAGGAUAUCAAGCGAUUGUGCAAAAAGAUGGAUCUCUUCGAGUCAUCGAAAAGAGGCUAUGCGAAGUUUCGAUGGAAUUCCCAAAAUUCAAUGAGAAAAUGAAUAUGCGAGAGUACCAAUUCGUCUAUGGAUCGAGUAUUCUUGGAGAUACAAACCUUAAUGGUAUAAUCAAGAUUGAUUUGAAAAACGCGACGCAUUUGAUUUGGAAGAAGGAGAAUGAGCACCAAAUUUGCGGCGAGCCAAUAUUUGUCAAGGAUCCUAAUGGAUCAUUGGAAGAUGAUGGUCUUCUCAUUGUACCCGUGAUGACUCUCAACGACGGGCAAAAUCCGUUCGUGUUGAUUCUCGACGCGAAAACGCUGCACGAGACCGCGCGCUUCGUCAUCCCCGAAGCGCGGAUUCCUCUCGGAUUUCACGCUUUCUACAGAUCACACGUUGUAUAA